AUGGACCACAUCACAAGUACUCGCCUUGGGGCACUCAGUGACUGGAAAGCAUGCUUAACCCCUCUGAGAGUUGACGUUGUGGGCGAUUUUGCAGGAAAUGAGCUCUUUGCUAUCCACGGCGAAGCCCUGCUCUCUCACUGUGUCACAGAUGCCAAGGUUGAUUUUCAAGAUGGCUUCCAGCUUCUACACGCCGUACAUGCCGUUGAGACCUUUCUCAGCAGGCUCAAGGAACGUGGCUGUAACUUUCACGUCUUGUGGCUCGACAGCUACAUGGGUCUCGCCGUGCCUCAUCAAGUUCCAGUGAAACAUCGACACAAGUAUUUACUCGCAAGAGAUGUGCUUAUCAAACAUCUUCAAGCUCCUGGUGUUGAUAGAUCGACAAGCGACGAUUUGGCCCAGAGUAGUGACACGGAUACCCAGAUGAGCUUUGUCUUCCGAGCCAUAGCCAGUGACGAAUUUGUCGAAUACACGAAGACGAAACGCAUCCACUUCAUCAUGUGCUCACAUGAUGAACCCAGAGAUUUGAGUGUCGACGUUGAAACCGGCAGCGACAAUAUUGACCACCUCGCUGCCAUGUAUCUUUUUGCCAACCAGGGAUACAGACUUGCUUCGAUCAACGACAUCGAAUUUCGCAGCUCUAAGGUGUAUACCCGCAUCCUAACUCCGUCAAGCUCCCCGGUUGAUAUUAGGGUACUUGAGCCUAAAGCCCACCAUAACACAGACAGGGGCUGCAGUCGCCUCUUGUCACAGCUGGAUGAGUGCCGAAAUGGAACUGAAAUGGGAGUACGUGAAAGAGUUGCUCUCGUUGCUUGCGCAUCAAUUCUUGCAGAAAAGCCCGACGCCGCCACUGAGAAGCGCGUCAUUGCGUUCCUUACCCACGUCAAAUUCCUCGAACACGUCGAGCUUUCGCAGCGGGCGUGUACAAAGCUUGAUAAGAAAGCACUCGAUGACGACAAUGAGUUUCUUGAGGACUUUUCAACCAGAGCUAUUGCCUUGAUUCGGCAUUUGGUACACACUGGCAGAGGAAGUCGUGGCGACUGGCGGGUAUGUGACCUGAUUGAUGGCCGGCUCUUCCUACAUACCCUUCAAAACCUCGAACGCAUUAAUGCCAUAUUCUACAUUGAAAAUUACGGUAAGAUCCUCGAGGCACUUGUCGGCGUGGAUAUAUUGCACUGUCUGCCCUCACCUAGUGCGUUGCCGGAGGACCUGUCUCAAAAGAAGUCAACACACUUCCACCUGAGUUGCAAAAACCACCCGCAAUCCCAAGCUAAGCCAUCUGUUCUGCCUUUCAGCCAUCCGGUCUUGGAUCCCUAUCUAAGGGAUAUCAAGCUAGAGACAGAGCCGUCCCAGGGCAUCCCCGCUGAUGAUUCCAAGAUCUUCCAAGAGCUGACUCACUGGCACAAUGCCAAACGCACCCUAGACCCCAAAAAAAGACCUAGGCCUGUGGAGCCAUGGGUACUUAGGAGAAAUCAGAGAUUCAUGGCCGAUACCAUCGCAUAUUCGGCUAGUCUGACAAAUGCUUCCGGCAAGAACAUCAGCCCCGAACCCAUUGUUGAACAGAAGACGCACAAGGGACAUUUAGAAAAGCACCACACUGGAGGUGGGAGAGAAAAGGCACUCAAAACGUCUGAGGCGGCUAAAGUCGUAAAGUACGAGUCUCGAAAGAGCGCUAUCAUCCGAUUCUUCGCGCAGCAGUGUCAGGACUUGGAGAAAGUAAAGCCACUGGUGAAGAGAUACUCGAGAGCGAAUAAGUAUCUUUUGGGUCUCCACAAAGAUGAUAGAGAGACAAUAGGAGGAGAACUGUCUCUUUACAUCUGCAACAUUUUGGCUCAGAUGCUCAACGAGUCGUCCUCCGAUUACAUGGCGAAGAGUAUCACUGCCUUGAUCAGAGCUCAUGCUGCAGACAUGUACACGUUGCCGCUUACGCAGGAAACCAAGCAAAGCAUGACUCAAAUCGGUGCUAUCCUGCAACUCCCGUUGCAUCCUAACAAUAGGUCUACGUUUACCAAAAUACAGCGACCGCUACCUUUUCAAGUUGCGACCAUAAUACAGACCAAGGGAUUGAAGAUCUUCAUUGAUGAAGAUAUACGCGAGUUUCAGUUGGAGCACUUCGGUCCGUACAUGGAGCGGAGUUUCGAUUCAGCACCUGAUCCACGAGUGCCUUUCCAACCCGAUGCAUGGCAGCGAAAGGUGCUUGAUGCCAUUGACGAAGAAAAGAGUCUCUUCGUUGUGGCACCGACAUCUGCGGGAAAGACCUUCAUCUCUUUUUACGCCAUGAAGAAGGUUUUGCAGGCGAACAAUGAUGAUGUUCUUGUCUACGUUGCACCUACCAAAGCGCUCGUGAACCAGAUUGCGGCGGAGAUUCAGGCAAGAUUUGACAAGUCUUACGAUAAAAAAGGCAGGUCUGUUUGGGCAAUUCACACUCGAGAUUACCGCAUCAACAAUCCCACAGGAUGCCAGGUGUUGGUGACUGUACCUCAUAUUCUUCAAAUCAUGCUCCUGGCACCGUCAAACGCCCAGAGCGGCCACUCCUGGUCACGAAGAGUUAAGCGUAUCAUUUUUGAUGAGGUGCAUUGUAUUGGACAGGCUGAAGACGGCAUCAUUUGGGAGCAAUUACUUCUAUUGGCCCCCUGUCCCAUCAUUGCACUGUCUGCAACGGUUGGAAACCCUGGUGAGUUUAAGGAUUGGCUGGCUGGUACCCAAAAAGCCAAAGGAUUCGACCUUGAGAUGAUUAUUCACUCCACCAGGUACUCGGACCUUCGAAAGUUCGUUUACCAACCACCUACAAAGUGGGAAUUUGAUGGAUUGGAAUUAAUCGAACGCCUCCCAACUCCCGGCCUGGAUGUGAACAGCCCAGAGGGGGAUCGAUUUGUCUUUGUGCAUCCGGUUGGCAGCAUUGCCAGCAACGGCAACGAAACGCUGAAUGAUAUCAGCCUUGAACCCCGGGACUGCCUCCACCUCUGGAAAGCCCUUUCCGACUGCGCGGAUAACAAUUGUCCUAUCGACUCCAACCUUGACCCUAAACGUGCUUUUCCAGAGAUAAUCAAGAAGUCAGACGUCAUCUUGUGGGAAGCUGCGCUAAAGGACCAGCUUCGAAAAUGGAUGGCAGAAACUGGGUCCCCUUUUUGUGACGUACACAGUCAUCUCAAAACCAACUCAAAGCCGUGCACAGGUCAGAAGCGGACAGUCGAUUCUACGUUCCCCCUUCUAGUUGAUCUCCGGUCUCGUGGUGCUUUACCAGCAAUCAUUUUUAAUUAUGAUCGAGCCGGGUGUGAAGCGAUUCUGGUCAAGUUGCAGGAAACGCUCAGAAAAGCAGAAAAGACAUACCGAACGUCAGACCCUGAGUGGAAGAGAAGGUUGUCCAACUACAAUGAAUGGCAGAAUGCUCAGAAAAUAAAGAAAAGGGCAAAAGCCCCCAAGGAGACUGGGACUCGACGAAAGAUUGAGACCGAUGGCACAUCAUUCGACAAGAUGGAUCAUAUCCGGGAAGAUGCAAGCCAGGAGGCCAGCAAGUGGGCUAGCUUCAACCCAGCCGCACCCAUUGACCGCUUCAGCUUCGCUGACCCGCACAAAAUCUCCAGAGAAGAGCUAGAGAGCUUAAUUGAGAAUCUAAUGAAGUCCGACAAGAUCGACAAGCCCAUCAUAGAUGCGCUUCGUAGGGGAAUGGGUGUUCACCAUGCUGGCAUGAACCGACGAUACCGCCAAGUAGUAGAGAUGUUAUUUCGAAAAGGCUUUCUUACUGUCGUCAUUGCGACAGGGACUUUAGCGCUAGGUCUGAACAUGCCUUGCAAGACAGUCGUGUUUGCUGGAGAUUCAGUCUUUCUGACAGCGCUAAACUACCGACAAGCGUCAGGCCGUGCAGGACGAAGGGGCUUCGAUCUUCUCGGCAAUGUUGUAUUCCACGGCAUCCCUCAUCACCGCGUUAUGGAUAUUAUGUCCUCUCGACUGCCUGAUCUCAGAGGACAAUUUCCAAUGUCCGUGACUCUCAUUCUUCGCCUCUUUGGACUUCUACACGGCACGAGGGAAUCUGAUUAUGCUGUGAAAGCUGUCAAGUCGCUGUUAACACAGACUCGCCUUUACCUCGGAGGACCAUCCUCGGAGAUGACGAUCAAGCAUCACUUACGCUUCUCGAUCGAGUACCUCCAAAGGCAAUAUCUGAUUUCUAGCAAUGGGAUGCCUCUCAAUUUCUCUGGCCUUGUCGGGCAUUUAUACUACACUGAAAAUGCUGUCUUUGCUUUUCACUCCCUUUUGAAGAAGGGUUAUCUCCAUAAACUUUGCAAGAAUGUCAACAACGUGGCCAAACGGAAGGACAUGCUUCUUGAACUGGUUACAGUAUUGUGUCACCUAUUUUGUCGCAUACCUUGCCCUCGCUACAUGACCAAGAAGUGGCUCAAGGAUAACAUUGGUCGAUCGCCAUCGAUCAUCCUCCUUCCCGGACUUCCAAACGAAGCUGAAAGUAUUCUCCGAGGUCACAACGAGGAGACCCUCAGUAUCUUUCAGGCGUAUGUUCGCACGUUCGUUGAACAACACCUCACGAGCACCUCGGAUGACAUGCUUCCCUUUACCAAGUGCCGAAUCAGACCAAUUCAGAAUGAAGCCAUCGAUCUUUCAGCCGCGAAUAUCCCUACUCUUCCAGCCACAGUAAUCCGGUCACCAUUCUCAGCUUUGUCCGGCUUUACGGAUGACUUUUCCACCAUUCAUGAGCUGUGCCAGACUGUUCGUGCCGGCGUCUUUCUUGAGGAAGAGUCAAUCCCCUACAUACCCAUUUACCCAGACGAGACCAACAAUGUGCCGUUCAAUGCUUAUAUUUUGGACUUUUUUAAGCAUGGCGACAUGGAGGCUUUGGUCCGCGAUAACGGUAUCAAGAAGGGAGAUGUCUGGUCUCACUUGAAGGGCUUCUCGCUAAUUCUGGCAACCAUUGUGGCCAGUUUAGCCAACUUUCUUGUCGCGGAGGACGCCGAACUGGACGAUGCUGCUAUUAUCGACGUUCAAGGCAUCGGCGACAUUUUGGAGGAGGAACAUGAUUCUGACAAAGAUGAUGAGGCUGUUGAACUUCUUUCUAAAAUAAGCGCAGCUGUCCCCCAGAUUCAGUCGAAGCCAGCUAAGAAACGAGGCAAGAAGGAAGUGCCUGACUCCUGGGAUGAUGCAGAUGAUUCAGAUGAUUCAGAAGAAGAAGGAGAAGGAGAAGAAGCGAAAAUGCCUCACACGAAUGGCAAAGCGGGCGAUUCCUCAGGUGCUACAGCCAGCUGGAACGAGGAUGAUGGCAGCGGUCUGGUAAAGGUUUACACCGCCUUCAAGCUGCUGCAAAAGGAGUUUAACGAAAAGUUCCUGAAGGUGUGGGCCUGA